UCUUCAUGGUCAAAUCAAUGUAGUUGAAGGAGAAACACAAAACAGAAUUGAAAACAUAAAAUUUUAUAUAUUUUGUGAGUGUGUGUUCAAUUUAUACACUGAACUGGAACUACAGUUUAGUAUCAGUUUAACAACAUUUGAGAAAACAACGUAUAUUUGAGAAGUAGUAAAUAAUAUUGGAUACAAGAAAAUAAAAAAAAUUACAAUAACAAUAACAUAGUAUAAUAAAAUACAAUUAACUUUUAAAAAAUAUAAAAGAAAAGAUUCUGUUUUUCUUUUAUGUGUGAUGUUUACGUGUGUGUGAAUUAUGAUUUUUGUUAAAAUCAACUGUAAAAAAAUCGUUUAAACUUUUUCUACUCCCCCCUAAAAGAAACAAACACUUGACAAAUGUUUUAAUUACUCGAAGCCUAAAAAUCGAUUUUACUUUGCCAAGGAGGAACAUAUAAAACCAAAAUCAUGAAUAUUUGAAACAAAUUUUUUUUAAAAAAAUUUUGUUUCAAUUUCAAUCGUAUGAUUAAUUGAAAAACUGUAUAAUAAAAUUAAAAGAAAAGAAUAAAAAAUCGUUGCAUUUUCGUAACUUUUUGUGAUAAUAAAUUAAUUAAAAUAAUUUUUGAAUUAAAUAAAAUUUUUUUUACAAACAAAAAAAAUCUAUUUAAAAAAGUACAAAUUAGUUAAAAAAUCGUUUAGACUAAUAAGACACUUUGUACUCAUAUAAACACUUAAAAAUCAUAAAUCUCAUAAUUCAUCAUCAACAAGCAACGGCUCGGUUUUUGAUUGUUUAAUAAUCAAAAACCAUUUUUAAAUUAUAAUACACAAUAGUGCAAUAAUAUCAAACACACCAACUAAAAAAAACAAAAAAUUAAACACAUUCCUGCGCAUUAAAAUGGCUGUCAAAAUGUACUAGGCCAGCCCUCACAAUGUCUGUCCCUGUACGCUACUCUGCUGCCGCCAAUUACGCCGUCGCUGAUAGUGGUUUAACAAAUACUCUUAACAACAACGAUCAAGAGCAAUAUCAACAUUACGCCCAAGAGCAGUUGUAUAACAGUCAUUUGUAUAACCACCACCAUCAACAACAACUGAACAACAGUAUCUACGGCUUUAACAACAUUUUGGAGGAGCAGCAGCAGUUGAUGCAGCAGAGCACAUCGAUGUCUGUGUCGCUAAAGCCACAAGAGGACCUAGUAGGAGCAGGUAAUUCAGCAGCCUAUCACCGUCAUAUGGAUCAGCAAGAGCAGGCCACAACCUCGGCUAAGGCCAGAGAAUUGUUGGCCUCGCAAUUGACUGACAUGCCUACAACAUCGGCGAUGGCGGCGGCAGCAGCUGGAUCUGCAAAUACUGCGACUAAUAAUGGUAGCAGCCACACUGCAGAGAUGCGAACUCAGUGGAUGAGGAUGUCUGACGAGGGUCGGUAUGGAACACCGGGUGCUGCUGGCUUAGAUUAUCAGAAAUUUGAGCUGGAACAACAACAUCAAUCAACACCUAAUCUAAUGGACCAAACCAUGGAGCCUUCGUUCACGGACAAUGAGAAGAAUAAUAGUAGUAGUAGUAGCAAUAACAAUUUGGAAGAUGAACUAACAUCGAUGUCAUCUGAGGAGCUUUACAAUACUCUUAAGGAAUAUGAUGCUCUACAGGAUAAAUAUCAUACUGUGUUAUUAUUGCCUAAAGAAUCUAGGCGUGAAGUUACAGCUGGCGGUCGUGAUGGCUCCGCUUAUGUUUUACGUUGCCUUAAAAUUUGGUAUGAGCUGCCCUCCGAUAUUCUAUUCUCGGCCAUGAGCUUGGUGGAUCGUUUUCUAGAUCGCAUGGCUGUUAAACCCAAACAUAUGGCCUGCAUGAGUGUAGCCUCUUUCCAUUUGGCCAUAAAACAAUUGAAUUUGAAGCCUAUUCCCGCAGAAGAUUUGGUAACAAUAUCACAGUGUGGUUGCACCGCUGGCGAUUUGGAACGUAUGGCUGGUGUAAUUGGCAAUAAAUUGGGCGUACAAAUGGGUCAUGCACCCAUUACAUCGGUCAGUUAUUUGCGCAUUUACUUUGCCUUGUUCCGCAAUUUGGCCAAAGAGAUUGGCGGUCAAUUCUUUGAAUUCUACAAGCAACUCAUCAAAUUGGAAGAAUUGGAGAAUCGUUUGGAAAUAUUGCUGUGUGAUGUAAAAACAACUGUCAUUACACCAUCCACUUUAGCUUUGGUCUUGAUAUGCCUGCAUUUAGAUUUUCACAUUAAAGAAUCAUACACACGUGGUAGUCCCGAACUAAAGCAUGUCUUUGAAUACAUACUCUUUUUGCAACAAUAUAUGAGGAUUCCCGAUCGUGUUUUCACCUGCGGUUUUAGUAUUGUUUCGGGUAUUUUGUCCCAUUACAAUGGUCAAAAUAAACAACCCUAUAAGCAACGUUUGGUCUGGAAAUUAUCUAGCCGCACUUUACGUGUACUACGUCCAACCAAUCGUUUCUCAACCGACCUGCCCACCAUUGAUGAAGGCAUAACUAAUGCUAUGGAUGAUGGUUUACGAUCCAGAACCGAAAGUGUUAGUUCCGAAGAAGAGGAGGACUGGCCAACUUCACCCAUUAUACCAAUUUUCGAACAAUGUUAGUACGAGUUCAGACUUGAACAACAACAAUAAGAACAAAACAAAGAAGAGCAUAAACCAGGAUGAAAUAUGCUACAGAAGAAAAUUAAAUUUUUUUUAUUUUUUACCCAACAAAAAGAGAAAAAAAGAAAUUGCCCCAUAAAAAACCGUAUUUAGUAAGUGUGCAAAUGGAACAGAGAAACGGAAACCAAAAGCUGCCAAAACUUGAUAACAAAAAUAUGGAAGGAACCAGAAAGAGUUUUGAAGCAAAAAAAUAAAAAAAACGCUAUUCUCUGCUAUACUAAAUACGAAAGUGGAUGAGAAAGAAUAAAAACAGCAUCACUAACAAACAAAACAAAAAAUCAAACUACAAAAAAAAAAAACAUAUCCUGCAAGAUUUUUUUAAAAAUCAUUUCAUUUAUUUCACUCUUUCUUUCUAACUGACUCGUACUAAGAAUUUUUGUAAGAAAAUCGAAAACACAGGAGAUGCGUGUAUAUUUUUGUAAAACAUUUGAAGAAACAAAGUGCAUCAUAAUAUUCUUUAACUUUAUAAUUUUUUGGAACCCCUCACAACCCACACCAGAGUGUUGUAAAGAAAAACAAAACAAAA